AUGUCCGCGCCGCUCCUCAAUCUUCUCGAGUCUGGGGUGGGCAGGCACACGAAGCGCGACCGCGCGUGGCUGAAGCCAGUGGUCGAGGUGCUGGCGUCCAACGGCAUCGAGAGUCCGGAGGACCUGGUCAAACUCAACGUCAGGGCCGCGACCUUCCAGCUCAACGGGCUGGUCGAGGGCAAGGUCGCUUUCAUCGAGCGCGCCGUCGCAAAGGCAACCCAGUCCGCCGAGCAGCAGGCAGCUGCCGAGGCCGCGGCGCCAAGCGGUUCGCAGGAGCCGGUGAGCGCCCUCCUGCAGGCGCUCCAGGGCGGCCGCAGGCCAGCGGUCCACGUGGACAUCGCCGCAGGCCUGGGCGGCAUGACCUUGGCGGGCUUGCCAGCGUCGUGCUGGCCUUCUCCGCAACUGACCGACUGGGUGCAGGGCCGGGUCAAGGCCGCGGAGAGCAAGGGCAUCGCGAAGCCCUUCCUCUACAUGCCGAUCAAGAAAUUCCCCCCGUACUACGCGGCGGACAAGAGGCAGCCCGACGAUCCCGAGGGGGAGUGCGGCGUCGAGCGGUCUUUCGCGCAGGAGAUCGCUCGCGGCAUCUGCAAGGCGAGGGGCCCCGACAAGAAGCAGGGGGACCUGCCGAGCAUCCUGCAGUGGUGCGUCGCGUUUGACAGAUGGGCAAUCGUCGCGGCGCUCGCCGGUCAGAUGCCGCUCACGGCGUCCAUGGCCCACAAGGAGGUCGUGAUGCAGCUCGCUCUGUCGGCGCGGGCCAGUGGGCGCGCGACCGCGAUCGCCGUCCUCUACGACGAGAUCGCCCGGCGCGAAUGGGCAGACCUCUCAGCGGGCCUGGGCGCCUUCGACGUCGCCGCGGCCGCGCAGUCGCAGAACGCGGCCACCGUGCUCGGGGCGGAGCGCGAGUGCGACGCCCGCGGUAUCCAAGUGGUGCACGACCGAGCUCCAGCGCAGCCGAAGGGCAAGGCAAAGGGCGCCAGCAGGGGCCACAAAGGCGGCAGCGACCACAGCGCCAAGGGCGGCAAGGCCAUGGGCUACGGCAAAGAGCGCAAGGGCAAGCCCGCGAACGACUCUCACCGCUGGCAGGGGCAUUACUCGUCCGGGAUUGCCGCCAGCGGGGCGCAGUCAGCCGCGGAGCCAGUGAGGGUCCAGUCAGGCGCAGUUCUCCCCGACGCAUCCUGCGCUGAUCUGAGUUGCUUCCAGUCGGCAUUCGACGCUGCCAGCGCGCAAGCUCUGCGCGGCGAAUUAGCGCCCGAUGAGGUCGAGGCGCUGCGUUUCACGCGUGGGGCGCUCGGCCGCCGCGACGCGCAGCCGAAGCGCACGGACGUGCAGUGCGAGUGCAUGGAAGCGUUGCGGUGGAGCGCCGCGCGUAGCCUACGCCAGUGCAUCAAAGAACGCGAGGAGCGCGUUCGGCGCAUCGAAGCCCGGGCGGCGCACUUCGAGGCGUCCGGGGAGGCCGAGGCCGCGAGAAAGGCUGCGCCACCGGAAUUCAGGCCGCUUAUCGCAGGCGUCAACAUUCCACUUUUAAAGGAAUUGGCGCGUGAGUCUGAGUGGCACGACGCAGAGUGCAUCGACUUUUUCUCGCGAGGCGCCCCUCUGUUGGGUAACCUAGAAUACAGCGGCAACGGUCGCGCGCUCAGCCCGGAAGAGCGCGCGGGCGACACAGGCGCUGAGGUAGCCCGUUUGCGUGCCAGCGCGCUCGCGUGCAACGACUUGACACUUGCAUCUAUUCGCGAGGAUCCCCUCGCCAGCGAGCUGCUCCGUAAGACGCGGGAGAAGGCGGACUUGGGUAGGAUGUCUCCGCCGCGGGCUUUUAGGCCCGACAUCUCCGCGGCCGAGCUCGCCGCUGCUUGGGGCGAAACAAUUGGUCUGGUGCCCAGGUUUGGGGUCUCACAACCGAAGCCCGACGGGUCGCUGAAAGUGCGCCCGGUGGAUGACUUCACGCGCUCCAGGGUGAGCGGCGCGUGCGCUCCCGCCGAGAAAUUAAGCGUAGAGGGCGCGGACCAGCUGGUAGCGGUCGCGCGCGCCUUCUUCGAGUUGCACGGCGCGCUUCCCGAGCUGUGGAAAGCGGACAUAGAUUCCGCUUGCCGCCGCAUCCCGUUGGCCCCCGCCGAUAGGUGGGCCGCUGUCAGUGUUUUCAAGGAGGGCGGCCGCCUGUGGUGCUCGCAGCACCUGGUCUGCCCGUUCGGCGCGCUAGCAUCUUGCCACGACUGGGACCGCGUGGCCGCCAUGCUCUCGCACUUCGCAAGGCGGCUCGCCAAGCUGCCAGUUUCGCGAUACGUAGACGAUUAUUUUGCGCCGGAUCGCCCCGGCGCGGCCGACCACGCCAUGCGGUGCUUCGCUCGCAUCGUCAGAGCCGCGCUCGGCAGCGACGCAGUAGCCGACGCGAAGCUGGCGCGCGGGGCCCAGUUGGUCGUGUUGGGGCUGCUCAUCUCUUUCUGUGCGCAGGGCGUACGCUGCGAGCCAGCGUGCGACAAGCGGCUCAAGUGGUCGUUCGCCAUCCGGUCAGUGGCGCGCGCGAGCGCCCGGGACUGGGAUCACGCAGCCCUCGUCCACGGCAUUUGGUCUCUCGCGGCGCGCAUGUCCCUGUCGAUGUGGGUGCGCCGCGUCCCGUCCAAAAGCAACAUCUCGAACGGGCCGUCCCGCGAGGUCUACAGUCUCUUGCACUUGCUCGGCGCGCGCCAGUUGCCAGCGGUACUCGAUGCGCGGUUUCACGCAGCCGAGGCCUGGGAGGCGCUGUGGCUCUGA